CCAUACCGAAGACAACAAAAUUCAUUUUCUGUAAGAUGCGAAUUUCGUGCACCGUACAUGUCGGGUUCGUUAGCACCAGAAUCUUUCAGUCAAGGGUUAGUGAAUCGAAGAUGAGCGUUACUUGUUUAUAUGUAUUUCUUAUUGUUAACUUCAUUAUAGAACAAUAAAUUUCAAUUUUUAAAAGACAAAUAUAAUUUAAGGAUAUAAAAGGAAGCAAACAUAAAAUAAUUCACACAGAAUCAUGUCGGCGUUCACAACUUUAUUAAAUGAAAUAUCUCGCUAAUUAACUAUCUACGUUGAAUUGUUUGUAUUUGUAGCUGGUACAGGUGGUUCAUUAUUAAACAUUUAUAUAUUUCCAUCAAAAAAAUCAUUACGAUCAAAUUCGUGUGCAAUGUUUUUACUUUGUGCAUCUAUCUACGAUUUACGAUAUUUAUUCAAUACAUUAGUACCACGAAUAUUAACUGCUUUUAACAUUGAUCCAGCAAUGACAUCAAGCGGUUAUUGUAAAUUAAAAUUUUGUUUUGCAAUACAAUUGGCAUUAUCAGCAAAUACAUUUAUUCGUUUAGCAGCUGUCAAUCGUUGGUUGUGCUUUUGUCGUAAAGCGAGAUAUCGGGAAUAG